GCUGCACACGGAGCUGCUGGAGAGCGGCCGCGAGCUGCCCCGCCUGCGCGACUACUUCUCCAACCCGGGCAACUUCGAGCGGCAGAGCGGCACUCCGCCUGCUGCCCCCGCCCCGGCCUUCAGCACGGCGAUGGGCGGCCCUUGCAAGGAGCCCCUCCCCGGCCAGCUCAAUCGAGCUGGAAGCAUCAGUACUCUUGAUUCCUUAGACUUUGCAAGAUACUCUGAUGAUGGAAACAGGGAGACAGAUGAGCGAGUAGCAGUCCUGGAGUUUGAACUACGGAAAGCCAAGGAGACCAUUCAGGCCCUCCGAGCCAACCUGACUCAGGCUGCAGAAAACGAAGUUCCAUUGCAGGAACGAAAAAAUUAUAAAUCAAGUCCUGAAAUUCAGGAGCCAAUCAAACCUCUUGAAAAAAGAGCUCUAAACUUCCUAGUCAACGAGUUUUUAUUGAAAAAUAGUUACAAACUUACAUCAAUAACCUUUUCAGAUGAAAAUGAUGAUCAGGAUUUUGAACUGUGGGAUGAUGUAGGAUUGAACAUUCCAAAACCUCCAGACUUGUUACAGCUAUAUCGUGACUUUGGAAACCAUCAAGUAACAGCAAAAAAUGUUGUCGAUGUAGCAGUUGGUGUAGAAGAGGAUGAAUUGGAAGUCACCACACCUGUUCUGGGGAACAUUCCUGUGUUUGAUACAACCCAAUCAAUAGAACAAUGCUUAGCUGUACAGAAAUUAGAGGAUCAAAUCAGUGCAUUAAACAGUGAGAAGUGGUCUUUGAUGGAACAAAUUCGAAGACUUGAGAGUGAAAUAGACUUUUUCAAGAGAGACUUUGCUGUUCCAGUGGUUUAUGAUGUUGUUCAGCCCUCAUUAGACCAAGUGCCUCUCACAGUACUAGAGGACAAUGGACAGUACUUAGAUAUCAAGAGUUCAGAAAAUGAUGACAAGCUUGGAAAAACUGAAGAAUUAAGCCUUUCUGUAUCAACUGAAGAAGAGUCAAGGACUUCUAAAGAUGAUGCACUAAACUCCCUCCCCAGUAAAGAGAAAAUGCCCUCUUGCAGUCCAUCAAGUAAAGCUGCAAUACAUUUUGAUAAACCUAAUAGGAAGUUGUCACCAGCUUUCCAUCAAGCACUACUAUCUUUCUGUCGGAUGUCAGCAGACAGCCGUUUGGGAUCCGAGGUGUCCCGGAUCGCCGACAGUGAAAAAAGUGUCAUGUUAAUGCUGGGACGUUGUCUGCCCCACAUUGUUCCUAACGUACUGCUUGCAAAACGAGAGGAAUUGAUCCCACUCAUACUGUGUACAGCCUGCCUCCAUCCUGAAUCCAAAGAGAGAGAUCAACUCCUACACAUACUAUUCAAUUUGAUCAAACGGCCAGAUGAUGAGCAAAGACAGAUGAUACUGACUGGGUGUGUGGCAUUUGCCCGACAUGUGGGACCAACACGUGUAGAAGCUGAGCUUUUACCACAAUGUUGGGAACAGAUCAAUCAUAAAUACCCGGAGAGAAGACUGCUAGUGGCAGAGUCUUGUGGAGCUCUAGCACCUUACCUUCCUAAAGAGAUUCGUAGCUCACUGGUGCUUUCUAUGCUGCAACAGAUGCUAACGGAAGAUAAGGCAGAUCUGGUACGAGAAGCUGUGAUCAAAAGUCUUGGCAUUAUUAUGGGAUACAUUGAUGAUCCAGACAAGUAUCAACAGGGUUUUGAACUGCUGCUUUCAGCUUUGGGAGAUCCCUCAGAACGAGUAGUUAGUGCAACACAUCAGGUAUUUUUGCCUGCCUAUGCUGCCUGGACUACAGAACUGGGAAAUUUACAGUCUCAUCUUAUACCUACGCUGCUUAAUAAGAUUGAAAAACUACUCAGGGAAGGAGAGCAUGGGCUGGAUGAACAUAAACUCCACCUGUAUCUUUCUGCUUUGCAGUCCUUGAUUCCUUCACUGUUUGCACUGGUACUACAAAACGCACCUUUCACAAGCAAAGCUAAGCUCCAAGGCGAUGUGCCGCAGAUAGAAGUGACUAGGUUCCCACGGCCUGCAUCACCUCUGCAAGAUGUAGCCACUAUUGUUGGAAGUCGUGAACAGCUAGCAGUGUUGCUUCAACUUUAUGAUUACCAGCUGGAACAUGAGGGUACCACAGGCUGGGAGACUUUGUUAUGGGUUGUCAAUCAAUUGCUACCACAGCUUAUAGAAAUAGUGGGCAAAAUCAAUGUUGCCUCAACUGCUUGUGUCCAUGAGUUUUCCAGGUUUUUCUGGCGUCUUUGCAGGACAUUUGGGAAAAUAUUCACAAACACUAAGGUAAAACCGCAGUUCCAGGAAAUCUUAAGACUGUCAGAAGAAAAUAUUGUUCUAUCAAUGACUUUAGAUUCCACAGCAGGAAAUGGAGUGCUGACAAAGGCCACAGUCCCCAUCUAUGCAACAGGAGUCCUUACAUGUUAUAUUCAGGAAGAAGACCGCAAACUGUUAGUUGGAUUCUUGGAAGAUGUGAUGACUAUGCUUUCACUCUCGCAUGCUCCUCUUGAUAGUCUGAAGGCUUCUUUUGUGGAACUGGGUGCCAACCCAGCAUAUCAUGAGUUGCUGUUAACUGUACUGUGGUAUGGAGUUGUCCAUACUUCAGCUCUUGUUCGAUGCACAGCUGCUAGAAUGUUUGAGCUGACUCUUCGAGGCAUGAGUGAAGCCUUAGUUGACAAGCGGGUUGCUCCGGCCCUUGUUACCUUGUCCAGUGAUCCUGAAUUCUCAGUAAGGAUAGCCACAAUUCCUGCAUUUGGUACCAUCAUGGAAACAGUUACUCAGAGAGAGCUACUGGAAAGAGUAAAAAUGCAGCUGGCUUCUUUCCUGGAAGACCCUCAGUAUCAAGACCAACAUUCUUUACAUACAGAGAUUAUAAAAACAUUUGGAAGAGUUGGACCUAAUGCUGAGCCAAGAUUUAGAGAUGAAUUUGUUAUUCCUCACUUACUCAAAUUAGCCUUGGUCAACAACCAGCAGUCUGUGGAUUCCAAAAGACUGGACAUUGCUACCCAUCUGUUUGAAGCCUACAGUGCUCUUUCCUGUUGUUUCAUUUCAGAGGAUUUAAUGGUCAACCACUUUUUACCUGGGCUCAGGUGUUUACGAAUUGACAUGGAACAUCUUUCACCAGAGCAUGAGGUUAUUUUAAGCUCUAUGAUAAAGGAGUGCGAACAGAAGGUGGAAAACAAGACCGUCCAAGAACCACCAGGCUCAAUGUCAAUUGCUGCAAGCCUGGUGAGUGAAGAUACAAAGACCAAGUUCUUGAACAAAAUGGGCCAGCUGACCACAUCAGGUGCCAUGUUGGCUAAUGUGUUUCAGAGGAAGAAGUGAAAUAGGAAAAGAAAGUCCCAGUAAACACUAAGAUGGACCUCAUGCAGACUGGUUCCUUGUACUUGAAGUACUUGCCUUUUUAUUUCCUCUGUUUUAUGUUCUUGUAGUAUAAUUUUAUUCUAACCUCCAAAGAUAUUUGCACUGCUUUUGAAUAUCGCUGUGUAUCUGUUCAUUUUUUGGGUUAACUGGUUGAGAGAAAACUGAAUUCAUAGUCUGUACCAAGUCCCUGUUCUGUGUUUGUCUUUCCAGCAUAUUUUUUUUUAUAUAGUGAAGGGGGUUUUUUUAUUUUCUGACAAGAUAUCAGCAAGUAUCUGUAUUAUACAUGGAGCUAUUACAAUGGUACUUAAAAUAAUGUAAAUUUGAAGUCAUUGUCAUGAAGUAAUAAAAGUGGAGAUUACUUAUGUAUUUAAAUUAUAAAGGUGUAAUGCAGAAUUCUUUUUACUGUGUUUCUAAUAUGACAAGGAAGGAGCCACCAGCACUUGUUUCUGCUGUUAGGAUUGUGUUUUUGUAAGUACUGUACAUCUCGAAGGCAGAGGAAUUGCAGCACAUAACGUAUGGAACUGCUGGCACUGCAUCAGUCCACAGGAAACUCUCAGCACUUCGACUGUUUCAGUGCAUAUGUUGCAAGUGCUGUAUGAAAUAUGCCAGAUGAACAUUUUGCAUCUGUUGUCUUCUUACUUUAAAGCACUUUAAUGAUUAGUCUACCUACUGGAAGGCACAUCUACUAAGUAAAGGAAACAGUGGUAGAGACAAAUCUUGUCAAAUGGUUAAUCUGGAAAUGGCUCCUUGUUGGUUCUGCAGAUUACAGCCAAUACACUGUACUAUACAUCUCUGUAGACAGAGUAACCCUUAAACACUCAAGUAGAUUCUGUGGAUAUGUAUGAAAUCUGUGCACCAACUUUCAGAGAAUUGCAGUAUCUUUAAAAGUGGUAUCUUUAACAAAUACUAGCUUUUUUAAUAAGGAAGCAUAGACAAACAAGUGUUUCACAACCAAGUCUAAAUUUUCCCUGUUAGCAGACACUUUCCUUGGUCUUUGUUGAUAAGACCUUCUGAAUGUAUAACAAAGCACAUGGCAUCAAAUUGAUGACAGAUAAUGAAACAAAAAUGUAAAUGCAAAAGUGAAACAUUUCCUGUAAGUGUCACAAUACUCCUACAAUUGGAAAUGUUCACCUCUUUGGGGAAGCGCAAGGAGAGGGUAAGUAGCAAAAGAAUAGUUUUCUGAAAUAUGGAUGCAGUGCUUAAAGUAUUUCCCAUACAUGUAGUUGAUAAAAAUGACUAAUACUCCUAAUUGCUUUGUGUUGCCUAAUGGCACUGCAUAUACAAUUGCCCAACUUCUAUUGUGCGAGCCUGCUGUACAGGUCCUUUUACACUGCAGACAAGCAUCUUUAUCAAGAUUACAGAUGGCUAUUACUUCCCAUCGCUUGUUAUCCUGAAAUAACUGUGCUUUUAGCAGAGUAUCUGACUGUGAAAUGGAGACAUUUCUAAGACAUUGGAAGUAACUGACUUUCCUCUCAAUUGUUGUGUUAUAAAUUAAAAAAUUUGCAUAAUUGUCUUGUGUGUUUAUUUGUCGUAGUUUCCAAGAAAUAUUUGCCUCUAAAAGGCUGCAAAGGGGCAAAGUCCAACUUGCAAGGGGAUUUCUACAAUUGUUAUUCACAUUUCUAUAAGGUGUGCACUAUAUGCAGAGAAAUACUUAGUUGGCAGAGUGUGCACAGCAUGGAAGAAUGCAUAUGAAAGCAGGGGUAAGCAGAGGAGCUAUGCGCUGGACCAAAUUUUUGAGAAGGGCAUUUCGCUCUGGUGUGGAAAGCCACAUUUGCAAUAGCAGACUGAAAGGUAAGGGGUGCAGUUGGAAAGGUCCCAGAUUGGUCCUAUUUGUUAGCAAGCCUCAAUCUUGUUUUCAAUUGAUGGUUAGUUCUAAGGGCCUAGACACAUGAUACACUAAUGCUAGUGAAAUUUUAAUUAGUUUUAUACAGUGGUAUCCAUACCGGAUAGGGAACCAGCUCCUCAAAGGUUAACUCUUGCAGUGGGUCCUAGUACAGUGACUUGUCCCAAAGUAUAGGGAAGCCUGUAAUAGCUUGUUUGCAAUGAGCCAAAUGGCUGCUGUAGAAUGGAAGCAUUCUACAGCAGCCAUUUGUAAGCUGCUAAGGAGCCAUUUGUAAGCUCCUAAGUCCGUGAGGCUGGAUCUCUUGUUAAUACUAAUAUUAAACUAACUUUUAAAAAUACUAAUAUUAUUAAACUAACUUUUAAAACUAAUUUUAAACUAACUUUUAAAAGAAUUGGCUUUGGUGCUGCCUGAUACAUUAGUAUUGAUUUUUAACAAGACUUGAAAUGCUGGCAAGUUUCAACAUUCUGAGGCUUUUUGUAACACUACAAAUGUAUGUCUCCCCAUAGCCUAGCUAGUCACCUACCUGGUUUGCAGCUGCAUUGUGAGCUGCCUUCCACUGAAGAGAUGACCUGUAUUCUGGACAAGUGGUACAUGGGAAUCUCCAAGGGGAGAUCCCUCCCCAAGAUUAACUUCCCUUGAAUUGAACAUGAGGGGACUCAACCUGGUCCACGCUAAUCCUAACAGUUUUUGUAGAGGAUGGGUCGUGGUUAUGGUAUCACUUGAAACAGCUCCGAGGUGUUUCAUGUACAGUGCUCAAUGCGGUAGUAAAAGGACUCCAACAAGUUCGAUCUUUAUUUGAAAUGCUGUGUGCUCAGUACUGCCACUUGCAGCCAUAAGGCACAUUGUGUAUUCAGAACUACUGUGAAAUUCUCCAAGUACAUAGAGCUUCCUGGUGUCAGCCUCCAAAUCAGGCCACUGCACCUUGUGUUCAGGACCCUGUAGGUUGUUACACUAGGCACAAAGUCCAGUCACAAUGCGAUUCUCUUCCACUACAAGAAACUCAGAAUCAGCAAGUCCUGGCUGUUAGUAUCCUGUUGAGUCCAGGGGAAGGAACUUUUCACUUUCCAAAGGCCAGCACUUCCCAGUAACUCCAGUAGGAGUUUGGGUCAGCUGUGUGGUAGUAUUUCUCUUCAGCACAUCUUAAAUCACUAUUACUGUUAGAACUUGGGUAAGAUAAAGAGUGGCUAUAGAAUUACUGAAUUAUUGCAUUAAAAGUAGUGAUCCAAGGGUACUUCUUGUUUCUGGGGAAUGUCUGGUAGUGCUGAUUGGUAACUAAUCCCUGGCAAAUGCUCUGCAAAGAAAUAAUUGCUGUUAAAUUAGGGAGAAUUAAAUGUGGGUUCUUUGUAAGUGAUAAUGAGGAGGGUCUUCUAGGCCACGUCCAGACAAGCGUGGCUGUGUGGUAUGUGCCGCUGCACAUUCAGACAUUCCCCACACUGUUACCUUGUGGGGGGGGUGACCCCAGGAGAUUCCAGAGUCAAAAAACCCACAUGGAAAAAAAGCAGGACAGUGCAUGCCAUCCAAAACCAGAGCCUGGCAAGCCAGAGCCAUACUCUGACUGCUGGCCAGGCUCCCAGCUGCAGGAGUGCCAUGGCUGCAGUUUCCCCAGGACCCCAGGUAAGGCUCUGGGGCCAGUACAGUUGCUGGCCUCAGCCUCCCCUAACCCACCUGGGGUAACCUGCUGUGCACCAGAACGCAUGUGGCACAGGCGUUCCCCAGAGGCAAGUAGCAGCGAUACCAGCUGUGUUGCUGCUACUUGUCUCCAGGGAACCAAAUGUCCAGGCUUGUCUGGACAUGGCCCUAGAGGCCAGAUGUACUGCAGUAUUUGGUCAAACUGAAUCAUCUCAGGGAUGUUUGGGGCACAUGUUUCAGUUUUUACCAUUUGGCUGAGGUUACAUCAUAUCUUAUGCAUCUUUUGUUUUAUUUUUUCAUUUUGUGCAAUUGGAAAAAAAUACGGUUGGACUACUAGAUUGCUCUAGGGGUUUACAGGUUUCACUGCCUUUGGGUUGUUGGAUUUAAACCAGCCCAGGUUAACAACCAUUGGGCACUGACAGACAUGCAGCUUCCUCCUUUGUGGGAAACCAUGAGUUACAGCGUUCCUCCCAACUCAACAGAGUUUGCUUUUGGGUCUGAGGUGUUGGAGGAUCGAGUUCCACUUUGAAGCAGCUGUGUCUGCAGCCUCUCUCUCCUAGCACCAUCCCUCCACCCCUCUCUCCCAGCUCCUGUGCUGUCUUUGGGAU